GAACAUCAUUGAUAUUUGACUCGGACAAAACCGGGUACUCGAUACCAUGAAGAUCUUCAUCUUCCUUCUUGCGCUAAGCGCCUGCAUCGUCGCCGCGCCACACCAGCGUCGUUUCCAGGCAGAAGAACCAACCGCCUACAGGCUCGAUUGCCACUCACCCAACACGACGAGAUGGUGCGAGACUAACUACCACGCCGGAUGCAAUGGCAACGGGACGUUGCACACGGACAACGUCCUUUAUUGCGGUACUAGGGUGUGUAAAUGCGUUCGCUAGGUGAUAGGUCCUUAGGAACCUAGUUCAGAAGAGGAAAGAUGGAAAAUGCGAGUAGCGAUGAUAAAGGGGAGGGAAUGCGAAGGGAGAAAUGCACGUCGGACUUUACCUACAUCUAGGAACAAGUCGCAUCCUGGUGAUAAUGAUGCACAUAUAAAAUAAAUUCUUCUAUUGCCACUCG